AUGGCUGCAACAAAUGUUUUGACCGCUCCGUUGCUUCCAGAAGCUCCCAUCAUGAAUGAGACCCCUGGAGAAACGUACCGCUAUAUCCCUCAAGACCUCCCACCCAAGGCCCCUGAGGUAGCCUCAGUAGAAGUUCCACAAGAGAUGCCCCAAGAGGAUACCCAGGGAUCUUCACAACAAGAUCCAGAAGUCGUCGUAAUAGAGGCCGCUGCAGGAGUUGUUGAAGAAAAGUCACAAGAGUUGACCCAAGAAAUAAAACAAGAGGUGCCUCAAGAAGCUACCCAAGAAGUUCCCACUGAAGCAGUCAAAGUGGCUCCUCAGCAACCCCCAACCAACAAAAGCAAGCCUAUCAUCCCCAUCAAAUCAGACUUGGCUCCCUGUGAUCGCGUCGCCUUUGACCCAGCCAAGCAUAUUAAGUUUACACCUCCUUCGAAAGUGUGGACGAUGCAGGAGCUUGAUUACCCUGAAGGAAAAGGUAUCUCUCCCGUAGGUGUGUCGGAGCCUUUCCCUCUCUUCAGCGAGGAAGCAGUCAAGCAGAUGCGAGCGGAGAUCCUUGACGAAAAAGUCUGGGACAAGUACAAGUUUUCCAGUAACCUAUCUCAAUGCCAGCUGCGUGGGUUUGCUCCAGAAUGCGCACCAUUCAUUUACGACGCGUGGAAGAGCCCUGAAGUCCUAGAGAUCAUCUCCAAAAUUGCUGGCAUUGACCUAGUCCCUGUCAUGGACUGGGAGAUUGCUCACAUCAACAUUGCUGUUAAGAGCGAGGCAGAAAAGGCCAAGGAGCUGGAGAUUGUACACCGCAAUGCCGACGAAGGUGUUGCCGACUGUGCAUUGGAAGAAGAUGACAAGCCAGUUGUCGACUGGCACACUGACAGCUAUCCGUUUGUUUGUGUGACUAUGCUUUCCGACUGCACCGCUAUGGUUGGCGGUGAAACCAUGUUGCGUAAGGGUAACGGUGGUACUGUCAAAGUGCGCGGCCCUCAAAUGGGCUCCGCUGUCAUUCUCCAAGGACGUUAUAUCGAGCAUCAAGCCCUUCGUGCACUAGGUGCCGCCGAGCGUAUUACCUCCGUCACCUCCUUCCGCCCGAAAUCAGCGGCCGUUAAGGACGACACUGUCCUCCACACGGUGCGUGCUAUCUCUGACCUCAAGGAGCUCUACCACCAAUACGCCGAAUAUCGGUUUGAGAUUUUGCAAGAUCGCUUCCUGGACAUGGGUCGGAAGUUGAGGGAUCGCAAGCGGGCAAACCGUCUGUUUGAUACAGUAGCAACAAAGAGUUUCAUCCGGGAGCAGAUCGAGUUCCUCGAAGCUAUGGACCGCGAAAUAGUUCGGGACGAGUUGGUGCAGAGGGGAUACAUCGAUGAUAGCCAUCUGGUUUCUGACGAGACCAGACAGACUGGUAGGAGGAAAGGUGUAUACGUGGAGGAAACUGUUGCUGCAUAG